UUUUUUUCAAUCCAUCUAUCGAUCGAUCACUGAGAAGAAUGGCGUCUUUCAGUUCCAUCAAGUCUAAAAUCUUCGAUAGAGAAGAGAGAAAACAGCAAUACCAAGCUCAUAUUCGAGGACUCAACGCAUACGAUCGCCACAAAAAGUUUUUGAAUGAUUAUGUUGCCUUCUAUGGGAAAGAAAAGUCUUCACAUCUCAAGCUGCCUGUUAAAACUGAUCAAGACACUCUAAGAGAAGGAUAUCGGUUCAUACGUUCUGAAGAAGACGAUAAGGACUCAUCCUGGGAGCAGAGGCUCGUGAAGCGUUACUAUGAUAAGCUUUUUAAAGAAUACUGCAUAGCUGACAUGACACAUUACAAAAGUGGCAAGAUUGGUUUGAGGUGGAGGACUGAGAAGGAAGUCAUGUCUGGAAAAGGGCAGUUUGUAUGUGGUAACAAACAUUGCGAUGAGAAAGAUGGUCUGGCAAGCUAUGAGGUAAACUUUUCUUAUGUUGAAGCUGGAGAAAGCAAACAAGCACUGGUGAAAUUGGUAAUUUGUGAGAGAUGUGCAGAGAAGCUUCAUUACAAAAGAAGGAAAGAGAAGGAGCUAUUAGAAAGAAGAGAGAAAGAAGACUAUAGAAGGAAGAGGGAUCUUUCAAGAAGUGACCAUGACACAGAUGAGGAGUCUGAGUGCAAAGAGAGGAGAAUAAUUUCUGAAAUGAGGGAGAAAGAAGAGCACAAAAGGAAGAGGGAACAAUCUAGGAGUGAUGAUUCAGAUGAAGAGUCUAAGAGGGGAAAAGGUUUGGGGAGAAGAGAAAAAGAAGAUUACAAAAGGAACAGGGAUUCAUCAAGUCGUGACAGAGAUUCAAAUGAAGUGCAUGAGGGGAGCAAAAAGAAAGGAAAAGGAAAAAAGGCUUCAAGCAAUCAUAAUGUUGAUGAUGACGACAACUUUGAUGAAUUUCUUGAGGGAAUGUUUCCAUGAUAGUGGCACAGUGACGGCUGCCUUCACCAAAGGUAUUCUUACUCAUUUGACAAAACCCUGUUGAAGGAAGUUCGACAGCAUGAAAAUCAAAAUCCGAAAUCCAAUUUGAGCAUACAUUGAGUGGUUUCCUCCUACCACACA